AUGGGUGGAGUUCAAUACUACAUCGACCGCAACCGGCCAUCGACGACCGCCUACGAAAAACGUUUGAUGUUCAUUGGUGUGAUGACAACGAGGCAGAAUCUGAGAUCGCGCGUAGUCGCGAUUAAUCGCACAUGGGGGAAACUGGUUCCGGGAAAGAUGCUCUUCUUCAUUGGAGAAGGCGAACCCUAUCUCGGGGACCUUCCAGUCGUGGUGUUGAACGACGUGUCAGACACUACCUAUCCUCCACAAGGGAAAUCCUUUGCGAUGCUGAAGUACAUGCACGACCAUUACCUGGACCAGUUCGAGUGGUUCAUGAGAGCAGACGAUGACGUGUUCGUGAAGACCUAUCACCUCGAGCGAUUCCUACGCUCGGUAAAUAGUUCCAGACGGCUGUACGUCGGCCAGCCCGGGCUAGGUAUUAAGAGAGAGCUAGGGAAGCUAGGGCUUUGGAACGAUAGCUGUUUUUAUUGUUUAGGGGGCCCCGGGGUUCUAAUUACCGGGCCCGUGCUGAGGCGGAUAGUUUCUGGGAUGACGUCAUGUCUGCAGAACGUAUACACAGCCCACGAGGACACGGAGAUUGGCAGGUGUGUGCACCAAACUGCUGGUAUGGUAUGCACGUCUGCUUUAGACUUUUCCAAACUCUUUCACCAAAACUACGUCGACGUCACCGGGCCUUUCGAAAAGUUCACGCAUGCGCUAACAAUACAUCCUGUUAAGCAACCACAGAACCAGUAUGGCCUUCACCGCCAUUACAGCUUUAAGGGAAUCUUGCAGCACACGACAAAGAUCUCACGUCUAGAAAAAACAAUCGCCGAUAUGGACAAACGACAUUCUCAGACGAAUCUAAGCAAUGAAAGGGUUAAACAGCAGCAGUACAGUAAAAUUACCACAGAGAACAAUAACACGUAUGCGGAUGAUGACGUCUGGGAAUUUAUUCGACAUGGACAGGCGUAUUCCAUUACUCACUCGCUCGUUUCUCCCUUUGAGAAGAUAAUCACACGGGGAAGACAUAUCGAUCUAUCUGCUGCCAUUGCACGUCUUAAAAACAUUCAACCUAGGUUAAAUGUUACACACCUCUGGGUUUACUCAAAAAUAACCAUUGGUUCAGGUCUGGAGCACUUACUUUAUGAAAAGUUUCUGGUCAGACCGUAUGCCACGAAACAACGUUUCAAUGCAACGGAAAUUGCUGAAGAAUCGACGGAACUAGCUGUAGAAUCGACGGAGUUAGCCGAAGGUAUGACGGAACUAGAUGAAGGUAUGACGAAAAAAGCCGAAGGUAUGACGAGAAAAGCCAAGAGUACGACUAAAAAAGCCGAAGAUACGACGGAAAAUGUCGAAGUCAGUCGUCAAUGCGGCGUCAUCUACAUGAUAUUACCGCUGUACCGACGAUCAAUACAGUUCGCUAAUUUCCUCCAGUGGGUAAAUAUCUCCGUGUCCGACUACGACAACGACGUGUUUCUCAGAGUCGUCAUAUACAGAGACAGAAAUAACGAGUACCUGACUUCUCAAAGGUAUGUGUUUGAUGCGCUAGAUAACGCCAGUGAAAGGCUCCACGUUGAAGUGUUUCCGAUGGUGGGCCGUUUCGCCCGCGCGAGGGCGAUCACGCAAGGGCUACAGGGUGUGCCGUCAGGCGGGUUGGUUCUUGCCAUGGAUGUCGACAUACGCGUGACCGCAGGUUUUCUUCACAGGGUUUACCUCAACACAAAACUCAGCAGGCAGGUCUAUUUUCCCAUUAUCUUCACCCAGUACGACCCCCGCACCUCGUGUCGCGGCAAGCCACGUUGUCGUGGUAACACGGCCGAGUUUCGGUUCGGCCAAGACGACGGCAUCUGGCGCUCCUUCGGCUACGGCAUUGUGAGCGUGUAUAAAAGUGACAUCAUAAAAGUAGGCGGGUUUAAUACUCUGAUCAAAGGGUGGGGUAAGGAAGACGUGGACUUCUUAGACAAGUGUUUAAAAAACGGAUUGCGGAUCUUUCGGUCCGCGGACCCUGGGUUACUGCACGUUCAUCAUCGAAGAGUAUGUGACGUCAGUCUGUCACGUGACCAAUUCCGGAUGUGCACGAAUUCCCGCGAAGCCUUAUACGGAUCCCAAGCUACUUUAACAAAUAUUCUCCUCAAUAAUUUAGACAUAUAAAACACAGUAACAACAACAACAACAAUAAUAAUAACAUAAUAAUAAUAAUAAUAAUAAAUAAAAAUAAAAAUAACAAUAAUAAAAAAAUAAUAAAAGAAUAUAAUAAUAAUAAUAAUAAUAAUAAUGAAACAGUAUUAAGGGUGGAUCUAAGCGGUUGGGUGAGUUGGACGGGG